AUGUUCUCCCAAAAGACUGCAGACGAACUCGUCGCCUGCCUAACGGCCGAUCCCCAGCUCCCGCGGCCCAACCCAACUGCUGCAUUCUGGCAAGAGCCACCUCAUCCUACGAUCGGCUGCAGCCAGUCUCAACAGCUACCGCAAACCACGGAUAUUGCUAUCAUUGGAUCUGGAAUCACUGGCUGCAGUGUUGCCAAGACACUCCUAGAAGAUGCCUCAUUGGCUGGCAAGAGUGUGACCAUUCUGGAGGCUCGCGAAGUGACAAGCAGCGCAACUGGUCGUAAUGGUGGACACCUUGUGUCGGACUGUCUGGAGAGCUUUGGUAUGGUUGCCGCUACUUUGGGCGUCGAACAGGCUGUGGAAGUUGCUAGGUUCAGUUUGGCCAGUAUUCAGCGGUUGAAGGAUGUUGUCGCUGCAUUUGGCGAUGAUAUGGCAGAGAAGUCCAAGCUCAGAGAAGUGAUCAGCACAGCCGUUAUUGGAGACGAAAAAAGUCUAGAGGACAUUCGAGUCGGCUUAGCUGCUUUUGAAGAAGCAAUGCCAGAUCUCAAAGGGAUGUUUGUCUUACUGGGGAAGGAGGAAGCUAUGGAAACUAACACUGGCUAUUCUAUUGAGCAGAAGUACAACUACCGUGACUUAUUCGGUGUUAUUGAACAACAUGGCGCUGGUGCUUUGUGGCCAUAUCGCCUGAUUACUGGUAUCUUUGACGUAUUACUAAAUAAAUAUCACGAUCGCCUCUCAAUCGAAUCCUCUACGCCAGUGUCUGGCAUCACUUUCGCGACUGAGUCCCCAGAUGAUCUUUAUCCAUACAAGCUCAAAACACCCCGUGGCACAAUCUCCGCAACGAAGGUAAUCCACUGCACUAACGGACAUGCAUCCCACUUGCUUCCUGGCUUGCGUGGAAAAAUAUUCCCAUUCCGAGGAACUAUGUCAACUCAAGCCUCCACUCCAGGGUUUCCAAAUAAAGGCUCCUCGCUUUCCUGGAACUAUAUUGGCAAAGGAAUCUUGGAUUCAGAAACGAAUAUCUGGUCUUACACCUUAUACUACAUCACUCAGGACCCUGAAUCGGGCGACGUUUUCAUUGGUGGCGAGAAACAGAAAGCCCAGGAAGUAUUUACCAGCGACGAUACAAUUCUACCGCCUAUCCCUGCUGAAAACCUCGCUGGGAUUUUACCAUGUAUAUUCCGUGACGGUUGGAAUGAUACGAAGCCUGAAGUGAAAAAGAUGUGGUCUGGGAUUAUGGCAUUUACUGCCGAUGGUCUACCUCUGGUAGGACAGCUCAGUGAGAGUGUGACUGGAAGAGGGGGAGGGAAUGAAUGGAUUGCUGCUGGGUAUAAUGGUCAUGGAAUGGACAAGUCCUGGCUCACUGGAGAAUCAUUAGCUGGGAUGGUCUCUGGUAAAGGAGUUCCGGACGGCUUUCCUCAGGCCUACCUUGUUACCGACGAGAGGCUCGCACAUUUGAGUCCGGAUACGUUCGUGGAGAAUCUAUUAGGGAGUUUGAGUGUGAGCUAG